AUGGCGCCUGCUGUCAAGCGAAGAGCCGCGGACGCCACCGCCGCUUCGCUACCCGCCUCGUCGCCGUCAACUGAGCGUGUGCAGGCGGCAGACUUGGACGUCAUGCAUCAGGGCCGCACCAAAGAGGACACACCACAGCAUGAGCACCCGGGCGCUGACCCGCAGAAACAACAGGCAUCACCACUCGAACGACUAGUGCUGCGCUCGACUGCGCACGUACGCGCGAACCCGGACGCCUGGCUCACGGGUGCGCUCGUGCUGCUUGGACUGUGGACGCGCCUCUACCGGAUCCGCUGGCCACCCGAAUGCGUCUUCGAUGAGGUUCACUUUGCGUCGUUCGCACACCACUACCUCAACCGCACCUACUUCUUUGAUAUCCACCCGCCUCUGGCGAAGCUCACGCUGGCCGCAGUCGCGAAACUCGCUGGUGACGUCCCGAAUCGCGACUGGUACGUCGACAAGGUCUACCCACCAGACAGCCGGUACUAUGCGAUGCGCGCGUGCGCUGGCGUCUUCGGGGCGCUCCUGCCUCCGCUAGGCUUCCGCAUCGCCCGCGGGAUGGGUAUGUCGCGGAUCGCAGCCACUAGUGUGGGCGUGUUUCUGCUCUUCGACAUGCUGAACCUGAUCGAGGCGCGCCAUAUCCUCACGGACUCGCAGCUCAUCUUCUACGCUGCGCUAUGCAUCGAUGCGUUCGUGCGGCUGUGGCGCACGCCUCCAGCGAGCCGCGCUCGACGCUGGGCUGCUGUGCGCGCCGGCCUCGCGAGCGGUGCAGCGCUCUCAGUGAAGUGGACCACGCUCGUGGUGCCCGGCCUCUUCGGCCUCGAGUCGGUUGCCGGCGCUGCGCUCGCCGCCGAGCCGCUCGAGUGGAGCACCUGCGCGAUCGUCGCCGCAACAGCCCUGCUCUUGUACGUGGCGCUCUGGUACCCGCACUUUCGGAUUCUGAUCUAUAAUGGACCAGGCGGUGACUUUAUGAGCGCCGAGUUCCAGCGGACCCUCAUUGGUCGCGACGGCUACGACCCGCAGGCCCGAAAGCCGCCUUUCCUCAAGCUCGUCUGGCAGCUCAACAAGGAGAUGCUGCUGGCGAACGCGCGAAUCCUCGAUGAGCACCAGUGGCAAGCGCGCUGGCACACAUGGCCCUACGUAGGCCGUGGCCUCCUCUACUGGAAUCGCUGGCAGGAGGGUACGUUGGAUGCUGACGGGCGACCGCUGCGCCCGCAUCACGCCAUGCAGAUCUAUCUGAUCGGGAAUCCGCUGCUGUUCUGGAUGUGCUUGGCAGCGGUGCUUGGUACAGUGGCGGCGAUGCCGUUCUUGCUGCGCCUGAUUCGCCAGCGGAAAAAGCGUGGAACGAGCACGGACGCAUGGGAGCGCUACCUGCGGCUGGCAACAUUCCUUCUGCUUGGCUAUGCGCUCGGCAUUCUCCCGUACAUGCCGAUCCAGCGAAGUACGUUUAUCUACCACUACCUGCCGUCGCUGUUGUUCGCGGAGCUGCUUUUUGCGCACGCGGUACUCGAUCUGCCGGCGCUACCGUCGGUGCUGCAGCUGCCGCUCGCCGGUAUCGUCUGGAUCGUUGUCUUCUGGUGCUUCUGGUACUUCCGCGCCUGGGUCUAUGGACACAUCGCGCUCACCGCCGACGACCAUGAGGCCAUGCGCUGGAUCAAGUACACGUCCAGCGUAGGCGACAACAAGGGAUGGCACUGA